GCAGAGACGGCAACAUUAAUUAUGCAUUUCUGAAAAAAAGAAAAAGGAAUAUCCAACAGUUUGGGGGAAAACAAGAAAAGGAGGGGAGUGAAGUCUCUCUGUUUUUCUCUCUGUCCUUAAUUGUGUUUCAUUUCUCCGCAGAAGGAAAGGCAGGGGAGGAGGAAAGGGUGCCAGGGAACCAUCGCAAGGCAUUGCUCGGAUCAGACGGACUCGGGAAUUUGGCGGAUUCUUCUCCUCUCCUUCCAAAAGCUUCCAUGGCUCCCUCCGCUCUGUGGAUUUCCCUCUUGCUGCUCCUUUUCGCUCCUCGGUUGCAAAGCAAAGCACCUCCAAAGAUUCCCAGCAAGAUCACCAAUGUGAGCAAACCUGCUCUGCGCAUGCUCUCCGACUAUUUAUUCACCGGCUACAAGAAGGGGGUCCGUCCCGUCCGGAACUGGAGGAAGACCACCAACGUGGCCAUCGACCUCAUGAUCUAUGCCAUUCUGAGCGUGGAUGAAAAGAACCAAGUCUUGACCACGUAUAUCUGGUACAGGCAGCAAUGGGUCGAUGAGUUUCUUCAAUGGAAACCUGAGGAAUUUGACAACAUCACCCAGAUGUCUGUUCCCACUGAUGCCAUCUGGGUGCCAGAUAUUCUGAUCAAUGAGUUUGUGGAUGUGGGCAAGUCCCCCGACAUCCCCUACGUUUACAUCCUCCACGAUGGAGAAGUACGGAACCUCAAGCCGGUCCAGGUGGUCACGGCCUGCAGCCUAGACAUCUACAACUUCCCCUUCGAUGUCCAGAACUGCUCCUUGACCUUCACCAGCUGGCUCCAUAACAUCCGAGACAUCAACAUCUCUUUGUGGCGGAGCCCAGAAGAAGUGAAACACGACAAGAGCGUCUUCAUGAACCAAGGCGAAUGGGAACUCCUCCACGUGCUCAGCCAGUUCAGAGAAUUCAGUGUCGGGGACAGCGAUUCCUAUGCUGAGAUGAAGUUCUUUGUGGUCAUCCGGAGACGCCCGCUCUUUUACGCCGUCAGCCUGCUGAUGCCCAGCAUCUUCUUGAUGGUCAUGGAUAUUGUGGGCUUCUACCUGCCUCCGGACAGCGGGGAGAGGGUCUCCUUCAAGAUCACCCUGCUCCUGGGCUACUCGGUCUUCCUAAUCAUUGUGUCCGACACUCUGCCAGCCACCGCCAUUGGGACGCCUCUCAUAGGAGUCUACUUUGUGGUCUGCAUGGCCUUGCUGGUCAUCAGCUUGACCGAGACGAUCCUCAUCGUGCGGCUGGUGCACAAGCAGGACCUCCAGCCCCACGUCCCCGAAUGGGUCAAGCGCUGGGUUCUGGAGCGGGCCACCGUCUUGCUCUGCAUCCGGGACCGGCACACCUUCCGCCCCGUCCGCACCCAGAGCUCCGACAUCUCCAGGAACAUGGAGAACAAUGACAGCACAGCCAAACUGAACCACUACAACUGUGAGAACAUCCGUGAUUACGAAGGAGGCGCAAGUGGGGCUCCAGCCACAUCUCAAGGGGAGGGUUCGCUGGUGGUGGAGAACAUCCUCCAAGAGAUCGCCUCCAUCCGCCAGUUCCUGGAGAAGCGGGACGAAUUCCGCGACAUCGCCCGCGAGUGGCUGCAAGUGGGCUACGUCCUGGAUGUGCUCCUCUUCCGGGCCUACCUGGUCGCCGUCCUGGCUUACAGCCUCACCUUGGGCACUCUCUGGUCCAUCUGGCAGUAUGCCUGAGAGACACGGGACUCGCCCCAUAGAUGGGCCAGGCAAGCCCUUCUGUUCUGUGAGUUUUCCGGACUUGUAUUUCAAUCGCAGGCGUCUGGGAUCCGAGGUCCAUCUGCUAUUCUCAGCCAUGGCUUGUAACCCUGUGUCUCCGAAGACUGGUUAGUGUGUCUCUGGUUAUUAUCAAGGUGCCAAUCUUGCCUGAUGGAGUUGUGUAUUCCGCCUUCAACUGCCCACCUUAGCUACGAAUAAACAUAGGCAUGUGCCCUA